AUGAGACGCCUCACUGUCCUGGCCGCAGCGCUGGCCACCCUCCUGGCGCCAGCUGCGGGGGGGCCCGUCCCCAAGAAGGGCUCCCCCCGGAUGAAGCUGCUUCUGGUGUCCUUUGACGGCUUCCGGUGGAACUACGACGAGGACGUGAGCACCCCCAAACUGGACAAGAUGGCCCUUGAGGGGGUGAAGGCCCGCUACAUGACCCCCGCCUUCAUCACCAUCACCAGCCCCUGCCACUUCACCCUGGUCACAGGCAAAUACAUCGAGAACCACGGCGUGGUGCACAACAUGUUCUACAACACCACGAGCAAGCUGAAGCUGCCCUACCACCCCACGCUGACCAGGCAGUCCUGGUGGGAGAACGGCAGCCUGCCCAUCUGGAUCACGGCGCAGAAGCAGGGCCUGAAGACCGGCUCCUUCUUCUUCCCCGGCGGGAACGUCACCUACGGGGGCGUGAGGGUGACGCAGAGCCGGAGGGAGGGCGCCCUGCACAACUACAAGAACGAGACGGAGUGGCGGGCCAACAUCGACACGGUCAUGCGCUGGUUCACGGAGGACGACCUGGACCUGGUCACGCUGUACUUCGGGGAGCCCGACUCCACCGGCCACAAGUUCGGCCCCGAGUCCCAGGAGAGGAAGACCAUGGUGGCGCAGGUGGACCGCACGGUGGGCUACCUGCGGGACCGCAUCCGGGAGAGCGGCCUGGAGGGCCGCCUCAACCUGAUCGUCACGUCCGACCACGGCAUGACCACGGUCAACAAGACCGGCCGCCUGGUGGAGUUCCACAAGUUCCCCAACUUCACCUUCCGGGACAUCGACUUCGAGAUCCUGGACUACGGGCCCAACGGGCUGCUGGUCCCCAAGGCGGGGAAGCUGGACGAGGUGUACAACAAGCUCAAGGACGCCCACCCGCACCUGCACGUCUUCAAGAAGGAGUCGUUCCCCCCGGAGCUCCGCUACGCCGGCCACCCCAGGAUCACGCCGCUGGUCCUGUACAGCGACAACGGCUACGUCAUCCACGGGAGGCUGAACGUGCAGACCAACAAGGGGGAGCACGGCUUCCGGAACGACCUCAUGGACAUGAAGACCAUCUUCCGGGCCGUGGGCCCCAGCUUCAAGAAGGGGCUGCAGGUGGAGCCCUUUGAGAGCAUCCACGUGUACGAGCUCAUGUGCAAGCUGCUGGGCAUCGUGCCCGAGGCCAACGACGGGAAGCUCAGCACCCUGCUGCCCAUACUGCGCGACCCCCAGCCGGUGCCCACUGUGCCGGUGCCCACCGUGCCGGGGACGACCGUGCCGGGGACGACCGUGCCGGGGACGACCGUACCGGGGACGACCGUGCCGGGGACGACCGUACCGGGGACGACCGUGCCGGGGACGACCGUACCGGGGACGACCGUGCCGGGGACGACCACCAGCGGCAGCGGGCUGACUGACCGCAGCCCCCCCUUCACAGCAGCAUCGGCGCGGCUGCCCUUGGUGACGCUGACAGGACUGCUGCUGGCUGUGAUUCUGCUGGCCAAGGUCGCCUAACGCCACUCAAGGUCAGAGCCCCUGUGGGGAGGCUGGGGGAGAGGAUCCCUGCUCCUGCCAGCACGAACUGACCCUCUGGGGA